AUUGUGAGGGAAGAGAUAGGAAAGAAGAGGUGUGGCUGUCUAGAUUGGGACUCAUCACUUAUGCAAGUUUACUUGACAGUAGGUAUAGUAGGUGGCGAUGAUGCUCCUAAGGAGUUAUAUAACAAGAAGAAGAAGAAGUCAUCAUGUAGCAGCGCGAACAGCCAAUCAGAUCUGAGGUUCUCACGCUGAACGGAAAUACGCGUGAAGCGAUACAUAUGAAAGGGGCGGGGCUUGUCGCCGUACUUCCGCUCAAAUGUGUCAAGUAAGAUGGUCUAAAUAAUAACGAUCUUAUUUCAAACUCUAAAUGCCUUGUUGAACUCCUGGGCUGUGUGUAUAAAGCAGGCGGACGCCAGUGGUCUGAUGUAAAUGACCGUCCGGACUGCUGCACGCGUUCACCUGAUGCCUGUUACUUUUCUCCGCGCUGCUCAGGAUCGCUCAAUCACAGUCGACCGCGAGCACCGCUCAUGCGUGUUUACAAACGACUUCAUAGCGAUUUGCCUGUGCGUGUUAGGUACUGCACUUCAUAUUUGUAAAAGAUUACAACAUUUGCGGUCCAAACGUCUGCAGGAAGGCAGAGGCCGCGGUGAGAAGUGCACGCGGUGAAUGAGCGCCGCCUGCGGGAGCGAGCCGUGGUUCUCUGCGAAACUCUCAGCGUCGAGCCUGAAGCCUGCGGCCAGCAAUGAGAAGCGCACAGAAGAGCGAGAGCGAACAUUUUUCCUGAUCAGCAGAUUUCAGAUCGCAGGGAAACAUGGUUCAGUCCUGCUCGGCGUACGGAUGCAAAAACAGAUACCACAAAGACAAAAACAUCUCCUUCCAUAAGUUUCCUCUGGCGCGGCCGGACGUCUGUGGGACGUGGGUGGCCGCUAUGAAGAGAAGGAACUUCAAACCCACCAAGUACAGCAACAUCUGCUCUCAGCACUUCACCAGAGACUGCUUCAAACGCGAGUGCAACAACCGCGUGCUGAAGGACAACGCCGUGCCCUCAUCGCUCUUCACCUCCAGCAAACUACAGAGAGCGGACCAGUUGAUGAAACCCUUCAGCCCAGACAUGGACUUUUCUCUGAGUCUCCCGCUGUCUGACGCUGAAGAGACGCCGGCGGUGCGUCCGUCUGAAGCAGAGCUCUGCCCGUCCACAGCCCUGCCGGAGCCCGGCCCGGACCUCCACACCAGCGCCUUCGUCUCCUGCGACCACAACUACACGGUGGAGGACACGGGCAGCAGAAAGAGACGCAUCGAGCAGCUGCAGGAACAGCUGGAGAAGCUGCGCAAGAGACUGAAGACGGUGCAGCAGAAGUGCCGGAGGCAGGAGAGGCAGCUGGAGCGCUUCCGAGCCAUGAGCGAGGUCCAGAAGCCCGGCAAGGACGCGGCGCUGGGAGAAAGCUACGUCAUCCUGCCCAAAGAGAUCUACGACGUCCUGAAAGGAAUAGAGACCAUCGGUGCGUUGUGAGGGAAGUCGAGCAACAGAGAGUCACGGUUUUAAAGUGGUUUUAGCGUCUCCUUUGGGGGAUAUACAUCAUGACUUGUGUUCUGAAUGUGUGUGAACGUAAGACGUUUCUCUUUGACUGAAGCGGGUUCAGAUGGACUUUGGUUACACAGAAUGAUCGUCUGCUUCAGAGCUGAACUAACUCAACAUGCAAUAACUGUGUGAGAGGAUUCAGGUGUGAUCAUUCGUCCGUUUGCAGCGUCUGAAUACGUCUGCUUCGGUCAGAGAAACUAAACUCUUUAGC